CGCGGUGUGACCGGUAAAUUGUGGCGUCACUUCCAGUGGUUUGAGUCGGCGGGAGAAGAUUCUUCCAGUACUUUCGGAAGCGUUUCAGUUGAUAGAGCUGCCGUGUCAGGUGUCAGUACGACUACUGAAGUGAAAGUCGUCUGAAGCUACAGAGGUGCCUCCCUGCUGAACGAGCCAUGUUGUGUUGGGGAAACACGUCGUUCGGACAGCUUGGGCUGGGUGGCAUCGAUGAAGAGGUGGUUUUAGAACCGAGGACGUGUAAAUUCUUCCAGAGCAGAAGGGUUCAAGAUGUAGGAUGUGGUCGUAGGCAUACUGUUUUUGUGCUGGAUGAUGGCACUGUUUAUACAUGCGGCUGCAAUGAUCAGGGCCAGCUAGGACACGAAAAAGGAAGAAAACGACCAGAACAAGUUGUUGCUUUGGAUGCUCAGAAUAUUACCGCUGUUUCAUGUGGUGAGAUGCAUACUCUAGCUUUAAAUGAUAAUGGCCAAGUAUUUGCUUGGGGCCUUGCCAAAGAUGGUCAGUUGGGUUUGGUUACAACAGAGGAAUUUGUCCGAGUUCCCAGGACUUUAAAGGCUUUGGUAGAAGUGCAGAUAGUACAAGUGGCCUGUGGUUAUCAUCAUUCUCUUGCUUUAUCAAAAGGAAGUCAAGUUUUCUCAUGGGGACAGAAUAAGAAUGGGCAGCUGGGAUUAGGUCGAGAUAUUGGAAACCAACCGUCGCCGCAGCCAGUUAGAUCUUUAAAUGGUGUUCCUUUUGUUCAGCUUGCAGCAGGUGGAGCACACAGUUUUGCACUCUCAGUCUCAGGGGCUAUUUUUGGUUGGGGAUCCAACAGAUUUGGCCAACUUGGCCUGAAUGAUGAAACUGACAGAUAUGUUCCUGCCCGGCUUAAAUCCCUACGAACACAAAAGAUUGUCUACAUUUGCUGUGGUGAAGAUCACACUGCUGCUCUUACAAAGGAAGGUGGAGUGUUUACAUUUGGUGCUGGAGGCUAUGGCCAAUUGGGGCACAACAGCACAAACCAUGAAAUAAACCCAAGGAAAGUCUUUGAAUUGAUGGGAUAUGUAAUUACACAAAUUGCCUGUGGAAGGCAGCACACACUAGCAUUUGUUCCAUCUUCUGGGAAGGUUUAUUCAUUUGGUCUUGGUGGAAAUGGUCAACUAGGAACUGGUUCUACAAGUAACAGAAGAAGUCCUUCUACAGUGAAAGGAGCCUGGAUUCCUUAUAGUCCCAAUACUCAAGACUAUUUUUUUGUGAAAAGAAUUUACUCUGGAGGAGACCAAAGUUUUGCAUAUUUGCAGAAUUCCAUGCCACCAGAUGACCUCAGGUUUCCUAAUCCAUCAAAACACAUACUAACAAUAAAUGAGCCAGUCAUCCAGAAAUGGAUGAGCUUUCCUCCAGGAAGGAUUCCUUCGGAGGCAGCCAAUGAAAUCGAUACUGUGUUCUCAUCAGAGGGCUGCCUAAAUGGAAGCUUUCUUGCCUAUAGCAAUGAUGAUCAUUAUAAAACCAGUUCCAAGUACUCAGGGAUUGACAUGAAUGCUGCUCGAUUACUAUUCCAUAGACUCAUACAGUCUGAUCAUCCUCGUAUUUGUCAACAGAUUGCAGCUAGCAUGGAGAAAAAUUUAAUUCCAAAUCUUUCCAAAUCCCCACCUGAUAUAGAAGCCUUGAGGAUCUACAUUACUCUUCCAGAGUGCCCUCCCAUGAAUGACGUCAACAAUUAUGUGACAUUAGCUAUUCCAUUCGCAAUGGCUAUUAUAAAAUUGGAAAAAAUGCCACUGAAAGUGCUUGAAAAUUGGUGGGCUACACUGGAACCUGCUUUCUUUAAGAAGGUUGUGGAACUUUAUAAGGAUGUUGUAGUAUUUCUUCUGAAAUUGGCUGAGGUUGGCAUGCCUAAUUCUGAGCAAAUAACAUGGAAUAAAUUUCUAAAAACUUCUCUGGAAGUAUUGGCAAUUCUUCAUAGGGUGAAUGAGAAAGCUGGGCAGAUAAUCCAGUAUGAUAAAUUCUAUAUCCAUGAAAUACAAGACUUAAUAGACAUCAGAAAUGAUUAUGUAAAUUGGCUUCAGCAUCAAGUAUAUGGAGUAUUGCUGGAUAUGCCAAUUACAAUCUGUACUUACCCAUUUGUAUUUGAUGCUCAAGCAAAAACCACGUUGUUGCAGACCGAUGCCAUGUUACAAAUGCAGAUGGCAGUUGACCAGGCACACAGACAAAAUUUUUCAUCCUUUUUCUUGCCUGUGGCUGAUACAGUUAAUCCUUGUCUUGUGCUGAUUGUACGAAGGGAACAUAUUGUUGAAGAUGCUGUGCAGGUUCUGAGAAAAAGCAAGAACGUUGACUUCAAGAAACCAUUAAAGGUUAUUUUUGUUGGAGAAGAAGCUGUGGAUGCUGGAGGAGUCCGUAAGGAAUUUUUCCUCUUGAUUAUGAGAGAUUUAUUGGAUCCUAAAUAUGGCAUGUUUCAGUAUUAUGAGGAGUCCAGGCUUAUCUGGUUUUCGUAUCAGACCUUUGAAGAAAUUGAUUUAUUUCAUUUGAUUGGUGUCGUCUGUGGUCUUGCCAUCUACAACUUCACAAUUGUUGAUCUGCAUUUUCCAUUGGCUUUGUAUAAGAAACUCCUAAAUCAGAAGCCUACUUUUGAUGAUCUGAAGGAACUGAUGCCUACUGUUGGCAGGAGUUUGCAGCAACUACUUGAUUACCCAGAAGAGGAUGUGGAAGACAUGUUCUCCCUCAACUUCACAAUUACAGUAGAAACGUUUGGUCUAACGGAAGUUAAAGAGUUGAUUCCGGAUGGCAGCAAUAUUCCUGUAACCAAAGAUAACAGACAUAAAUUUGUGGAUGCAUAUGUCGACUAUUUGUUCAACCAGUCAAUUGCUCCAUUAUUUGAUGCUUUCUAUGAAAGCUUUCACAAAGUAUGUGGAGGGAAAGUACUUCAACUCUUCCAGCCUAAUGAACUGCAGGCAAUGGUUACAGGAAAUACAAAUUAUGAUUGGAAAGAAUGGGAAAAGAAUACUGAAUAUAAAGGAGAAUAUUGGGCAGAACAUCCUACUAUCAAAUUCUUCUGGGAAGUGUUCCAUGAACUACCUUUGGAAAAGAAGAAACGUUUUCUGUUGUUUCUAACAGGUAGUGACCGAAUUCCAAUCCUUGGUAUGAAAAGCCUCAAAUUUAUCAUUCAACCAACUGGAGGUGGAGAUGAUUACCUUCCAGUAGCGCACACCUGUUUUAAUCUUCUGGAUCUGCCAAAAUACACAGACAAGGAAAUCCUUAAAGCCAAACUAGUUAAAGCCAUAGAUCAUUAUGAAGGUUUCAGUCUGGUAUAAAAAAGGAAGAAAAUCUUUACUAUUUUUGACUUUUGAGCUGAGGAAAGCCUUUGGAAAAUACGCAUCUUUCAAGAAAUGCUGUGGAGGAGAAAUAGAAAUGAACAAAAUACAGUAAAAAGCUUGCAAUGUCAAAUUAGCAAUUUGUAUAGAAUCAUGUACUGUAUAUGGUUAUCCUACAUAUUAAAAUUACAUUUACAAAUUAUGCUUAUUGAUGUUCUUAAUAACAUCAGAAGAAAUAGUAUUACCUUGCUCUUUAGGUAGAAAGUCUACUGGAGCUCUGGGAGACAGAAGUGCAGAUGCAUGAAAAAUUCACCUUUAAUUUUUUUUCAAUGUGUUUACAGAAACAAAUUCAGUUGCCUGUUUUUAUAUAAAAUUAGUUGAGAUCCAUAAUUAAUGUUAAGAUUUUUAUGAUAGGGUAAAAGCUUUGAAAAAAGUAUGUACAUGUUAUGGCACUGGCAUGCUGUAAAUAGGAGCUUGUGUUUAUAAAGUCUACUUCUGUAUAAUUCAUUGAAGAAUUUGGGUGUAAUUACUUAAAUUAUGAGCCUGUGUAUUCUGAUCAGUUUGUUCCUCACUGGAAUCUUGGCACAAAUUUAGCUAAGACCUAUGCAGAAGUAAGUAACAGGCAUAGUAUCAAGGAUGAGUUCAAUCCAAAAACUUUAAACACAAAUUAGAUGGAACAAUCACAGUAAAGGAUCUCUUUGUUCUUAUCCUAAAAAUUUAUUUCCAUAACAUUUUGAAUCCACAGAAUUCAUUUUUCUAGGACUCAUAUUUUAACAAAAGGGUAAUUUUCACAAAAGACAACACAGAUUAAUAAUCAAGAAUAUAUGUUAAAAUUAUUUUUGUAAUAAAUACAUAAGUAUGAUGAAAGAAUAUGAACUUAAAACUUCUAAAGCUGAGCUCUAGUGUUUAGGGAUUCACUUUUGUUUUUCUAGUGCAAAGCUACUUGUUCAACUACCAAUUGCUAACUUGCAUAUUUCCAGGAUAAAGUAUUUUUUAUCAAAUAAAAAAUGCAUUGUUUGUUGUUUAAAUGUUUCAACUUGAUUUAGAAAUGUCAUUGUGUGACUUAUUUUCUAGUAAAUUUGGAGAGUUGCUGGGUUUUAUCUUGAUCCAUUUGAGGAGAUAUGUAGAAGAGUACAACUUUGAAUUGAAAAUUUCAUUUUUGAUUAAAUUAUUAAUUUGCUUUAAUAUUUAA